CAUCACAAGGAACACCAACUCCGCCGCUGCCCAGAGCCUGGCCUCCAUCGGCGUCCAAGUUCAUGAGGGGUCCUGGAGCGACCGCACCGCCCUUGAAGCCGCCAUUGACGGUUGCGACUUGCUCUACAUGACCCUGUUGCCCGACUUGACCAACUUCAACGCCGAGCUCGAGGCCGGCACCACCAUCCUCGCCGUCGCCAAGGCCGCCGGUGUCCAGCACGUCGUCUACAGCACCACCGUUCCCGUGCCCGAGACCGAGCCCGACCACUUCGCCGCUCUCGCCUUCAAGCCCAAGCUGAUGCUCGAAAAGGCGCUGCCAGAGGCCGGGUUCCCGCGCUGGACGAUCCUGCGCCCGGGCUUCUUCAUGCCCAACUACCUGUCGCCCAAGGUGAACGCCCAGUUCCCGGGUGCGGCCGAGGAGGGCCUGUUCACGACAGGGUUCCGGCCGACGUCGAUGCUGCCGAUGGUGGACCACGAGGACAUCGGCAAGUUUGCCGUCGCGGCCUUCCAGCAGCCGGACCGCUUCCACGCGCAGGGCAUCGACGUCAUCAGCCAGGCCGUCACGGUCGAGCAGAGCAUGGAGACGAUGCGCCGCGUGCUCGGCCGCCCCGAGAUCCGCGCCCGCUACCUCGACGGCGAGGAGCUCCGCGCCGCCCAGGCGACGAACCCUGUUCUGAUCAUGCAUGAGCUGCUGGGCCGGGUGGAUCCGUAUGCUGGCGUGGAUCCGAGAGAGGCGGUGGAGAAGUGGGGGGUUGAGAUGACCACGUUUGAGGAGUUUAUAGUGCGGGAGAGGAAGGACUUUGAUGAGACGUACCGGAAUGUUUAGG